ACGGCUGGGUGCUAUUUUUACGAAACAAACCUCACUUUUGAUUUCUAAUGUAAAAAGUAAUUGCGUUGAUUAACUUGCCGCUGUAGCUUUAGCCCCGUUGUUGAAUUAAGUAUUAUAGCUGUGUUUCUAAACAUUAUAUAAAAUGUCUACAAAAAACUAGAAAAAUAGAAUGGAGCGUUAUCCUUUAAAGUCCUCUGUAUCUACGCCGGGUACAACAUAUCAAUCAGUCUACAAAAAAGCUACAAGCGCAAGCAACGGGCGCAGUGGCCAAACCAUGGAGGAAGACAUGGUAGAGAUCACGCCGGGGCCCGCUCGUGCGCCCGACGCCACGCCCACCAGCCACGGAACCUUCCAGCUGUACGAGCACGGCGGUAGGAACAGCAGCGCCAGCGCCAGCUCAUACAUCGCUCAGUACUUCAACACUGCAGCCGGGGACGCAGUUAUAUUCUCCGGAAUGCAAGGCGACGCAGAUGAAAUCCCAGGUAUCGGCCAGUACGAUGACUUCCACACUAUCGAUUGGCAGCGCGACAUCGCCCGAGAUCGAAUGCGGCACCGGUACAUCGUGAAGAAACGACAGGACUCCAUAUGGGACCUGAUCAAGGGUGCCCACGACGCGUGGUCCGGGUGGGUGUGCGUGCUACUGGUGGGGGUGUGCACCGGCGUGGUGGCGGGCGUGAUAGAUAUCGGCGCGUCCUGGAUGACGGACCUCAAGUUCGGCAUCUGUCCACAGGCGUUCUGGUUCAAUAGGGAACAGUGCUGCUGGUCCAACGACGAGAUCACCUUCGACCACGGCAAUUGCUCGCAGUGGAUGACUUGGCCGCAGCUGUUCGGUGAAUCUCGAGAAGGUGUAGGCGCUUACAUUAUCAGCUACCUGUUCUACAUCGUGUGGGCGUUGCUCUUCGCCGCACUGUCCGCUUCUUUAGUGCGGAUGUUCGCGCCGUACGCGUGCGGAUCAGGUAUACCAGAGAUCAAGACCAUUCUGAGCGGCUUCAUCAUUCGAGGCUAUCUGGGAAAGUGGACCCUGAUCAUCAAGGUUGUCGGACUCAUACUGUCAGUCUCAUCGGGCCUUUCCCUCGGAAAAGAGGGGCCCAUGGUCCAUAUAGCGAGUUGCCUAGGUAACAUCCUGUCGUACUUGUUCCCGAAAUACGGGCGGAACGAGGCGAAGAAAAGGGAGAUCCUAUCGGCCGCGGCCGCCGCCGGCGUUUCCGUCGCGUUCGGCGCGCCCAUUGGCGGAGUACUGUUCAGUCUAGAGGAGGUUUCCUACUACUUCCCACUGAAAACCUUGUGGCGAUCAUUCUUCUGCGCCCUGAUAGCAGCGUUCAUUCUGCGGUCCAUCAACCCAUUCGGUAACGAGCAUUCUGUUCUCUUCUUCGUGGAGUACAACAAGCCAUGGAUUUUCUUCGAGCUGAUCCCUUUCGUGGGACUGGGGAUCAUUGGAGGUGUAAUAGCGGCCAUAUUCAUCAAGGCCAACAUCUACUGGUGCCGAUACCGCAAGUUCUCCAAGCUGGGCCAGUACCCGGUCACCGAGGUGCUGGUGGUGACGCUGGUGACGGCCGUGAUCGCGUACCCCAACCCCUACACCAGGAUGAACACUAGCCAGCUGAUUUACCUGCUGUUCAACCAGUGCGGGAUAUCCAACUCCGACCCGCUGUGCCGCUACAACCGCAACUUCACGGACGUGAACUCGGCGAUCGAGCGCGCCGCCGCCACCACGGAGGUGUACAACGCCAUGGGGCUGUUAUUCCUCGCGCUGCUGCUCAAACUGGUGAUGACCGUGUUCACGUUCGGCAUCAAGGUGCCCUGCGGACUCUUCAUUCCCAGUCUGGCGCUCGGCGCCAUUGCGGGCCGCAUCGUGGGCAUCGGUAUGGAGCAGCUGGCCUACAACUACCAGAACAUCUGGAUCUUUUCGGGCGAGUGCUCCACGGGCGACGACUGCAUCACUCCGGGACUGUACGCGAUGGUGGGCGCCGCGGCAGUGCUGGGAGGGGUCACCAGGAUGACUGUGUCGCUGGUGGUGAUUAUGUUCGAGCUGACGGGCGGCGUGCGCUACAUAGUGCCGCUGAUGGCGGCCGCCAUGGCGUCCAAGUGGGUGGGCGACGCGCUGGGCCGCCAGGGCAUUUACGACGCGCACAUCGCGCUAAACGGCUACCCCUUCCUCGACAGCAAGGACGAGUUUCAGCACACCUCGCUCGCCGCCGACGUCAUGCAGCCCAAACGCAACGAGACCCUGGCAGUCAUCACGCAAGACUCGAUGACGGUGGACGAUGUGGAGACGCUGCUGAAGGAGACUGAGCACAACGGAUACCCGGUCGUGGUCUCCAAGGAGUCGCAGUACCUGGUCGGCUUCGUGCUACGCAGGGACCUCAACUUGGCAAUAGCGAACGCGCGGCGCACGUUGGACGGCAUCACGGGCCAGUCAGUGGUGGUGUUCGGAGGACAGCCAUCGCCCCCGACCGCCGGCUGCCUGCCACUCAACCGCAUCCUGGACAUGGCGCCCAUCACCGUCACCGACCAAACGCCCAUGGAGACCGUGGUGGACAUGUUUCGCAAGCUCGGCCUUCGACAGACGCUCGUCACGCACAACGGGCGGCUGCUCGGAGUAAUAACGAAGAAAGAUGUCCUUCGGCACGUGAAGCAGAUGGACAACGAAGAUCCCAAUUCCGUGUUGUUCAACUAACUAGGAAGGAUGGGCUCCCACUGCGCCGACGACGGAUCACGCGUGUCCGUCUAAACACAGACGGAUCCGGGGAACACACGACUAUUUGAUUACGGUCCUUUGCAAAACCAGCGUUUAAUGUGCGGUAACGUGUGAAAGCUUACAGCCACGGUAACGAUUACCGUGCGUGCGUCAAACUGUGCUGUGUGCAACUACGUGUGCCCCGACCCCGUCUAGCGUAGUGGGAACCCGCAGGGUGAUUACGUAUCUCGCGACAGCAA